GAAAAAGUGGUCAAAGUGGCAGUGAUUUGGGAGACGGGAAGAAAGAGAGAGAGCGGGGUAUUUAUAGUUGCGAGGGUCUUAGCGGGUCUUAACUUGAGCACAUUUCUGCACCUCGUCUCCAGUCACCACCGCCAGCCAUCUCCCUGACUGGAUACCAUCUAUCCUGUUGCUGCAGGUUGGUCGUAAGCUCUUUUCUAUGCUUGAUGCAGCAGGGCAGAUGCAUGGAUUACUACAUUGUUUUUUCUCUUGCUUUCUCUCCCAGCUAACAUUAUAUUGUGACCCAGAUAGUGAAUGACCUGCAGCUGAACUCGAUCAAGCGCUCUACAGUGAGAUAAAUUCAACUACUUUUACAACUAUUGGCCGACCCUUGAACAUGCAGGGGGACAAGGUGACACCAAUUUCUUGCCUGUGUGGAGAUGUGGCACAGGAAGUCGAGCUGGAGCAGUCCGCCAACCAUUCGGCACUCAACUUCUGUCAUUGCACCGCCUGUCGCACGGUCACCGGAAUGUUGUGCUCUACAUACUACCCCCUGCAGGCUGAGCCAGAGAGCCUUGACAGCCUCCAGGUGUACCAGGAAGCUGAUUGCAUAAGCCGCUACUUUUGUAAGACUUGUGGCGCUCAUGUCUUUGCCCACUCCAAAAACACAGGGCAGUUUUUUGUCGCAGCCGGACUGCUGGUGGGGAGACUACCCCCGACUAAAUCUAUACGGCAUUGGCGGGCUGCCGAGACGCGUGAUGGUGGCCUGACGCCCUUUCUCUCUGGACAGCCAGAAGAAUCUGCUCCAGCAUGUUGGCUACGCACUGUUCCGAGCAACCAAGCAAGCCAUACCGAGGUCGGACUCGAGCUCUCGUCCCGGGAUUCUGACGAGCUACUUGCCCGUUGUCAUUGCGGGGGCGUUGAAUUUUAUAUCACGCGGCCCGAUUCUUCAUCCACUAAGCCAACGUCACCGUGGUCCGAUCUGCUUGCACCGUAUCAUUCAAGCUCCUCAAGCAAUCCACAAGACGUGAAGUGGUGGCUGCAGGAUGAAAAUACUAAGUAUUUGGCGGGUACCUGCGCCUGUCCAUCCUGUCGUCUAGCCAGUGGUUUCCCCAUUCAGCCAUGGGCGUUUGUUCCUUUAUCGAAUCUCUACAACACCCGUAAGGCGCCACUGGCAUUUGGCACCGGUACGAUGCGGCAGUACAAGAGUUCUCCAGGCGUUUACCGCGAGUUCUGCAGUCGCUGCGGUGCAUCCAUCUUCUGGCACGAUGACGAAAGGCCACUGCUGAUAGACGUGAGUGUUGGCCUUCUUCGAGCAGAAGAGGGUUCUAGGGCCAGUGGGUGGUUGAAAUGGGCCACGCAAAGAGUAAGUUUUGCGGAGAUGGCAGCAGAUCAGGCGUUGAUCCAACAGCUGCAAAAUGGGCUGAAGAUAUUUGGGGACGGAAAUUAGGAUGCACAGUAGUUUUGAACCAUGCUUGCCAUUCCAUACGUUAACCGUAUAUUCAUCUAGUUUAUCUGGUUGUAGUACUCCGUAACUAUAGCUGUUUCAUGGGCCGGCGGAGAUAAGCAAAAGUGGGAUGGAGGGUUAUCCUCACCGCC